AAGAAGAAGACUAUGCUAGUGAUGCUAGCAAUAUUAGUGAGGUGGAUCUUACUACAACAUCUAUAUGGAAAGAACAACCAAUUACUAUUUAUCAACGGGCAAUUUAUUCAACAUACAAACAGUCAUAUCAAAUUAAUCUUCCAUCAGUUAGUUUAGCUUCACCUCUUACUAUAUUUAGUCAGUAUCUUCCUAUGAAUUAUAUUGAACAAAAUAUUAUUCGUUCUAUUAAUUUACUUGGAAGAAAUAAAAUAACAUCUUAUAAUGAUCCUUUAUUUUCAGUUCAUAGUUUUACUAAUGCCUUUAACACCAAUUUAAUUGAGGCUAUAAUUCCCAGAAGUGUAUUGUAUAUUGAUAAAUCUAUAAACUCCUGGCUAGGCACAAAAAAUAAGAUUCCAGGAUUAUGCAAAAUACCACGUAAACCACAUCCUGUAGGACAAGAAUGGAAAGUCCUUGCUGAUGGACUUACAAAUAUAGUAAUUCAAUUGGAGUCUUGUGAAGACAAAGCAAUAGAAAAAAAUAAAUGCUAUGCUUCAGAAUAUGGUAGUACUGCAGCAUAUGUAUUAUGA